UGUCUUGGGCUGCGGGCCGACUCGAGAACACCUGGUAACCAGGCUAGCCCUCUGUCAGUCACCCAGGGCAGGGCAGCAUGGUGCGGAUUCAGAGGAGGAAGCUUCUGGCAUCUUGCCUGUGCGUCACAGCUACUGUCUUUCUGCUCGUCACACGCCAGGUAGUGGUUGAGCUGGGAAAAUUUGAAGGGAAGAAGUUUAAAAAUUCUAAUUUGAAAGACGGACAUGCACAAAUGGAAGAAGAGCCUAUACAUCUCCAUCCAUUCCUUAAGAGAGAAGGACUGACCCUGAAUAGGAAAAAAACAUUGGCAGCUGAUAGCUACCCCAUCAUGCUCUGGUGGUCCCCACUGACUGGGGAAACUGGAAGGCUAGGCCAGUGCGGGGCAGACACUUGUUUCUUCACCAUCAACCGGACCUACCUCCAUCAUCACAGGACCAAAGCCUUCCUCUUCUAUGGUACUGACUUUAACAUAGAUAGCUUACCUCUGCCUCGGAAAACCCAUCACGACUGGGCCCUUUUUCAUGAAGAGUCUCCGAAAAACAAUUAUAAGCUCUUUCACCAGCCAGUCAUCACCUUGUUCAACUACACGGCCACCUUCAGCCGGCAUUCCCACCUGCCACUAACUACCCAGUACCUGGAGGGCACAGAAGUCCUGAAGUCACUCCGAUACCUGGUCCCCUUGCAGUCCAAAAACAACCUUCGAAAAAGCCUCGCUCCUCUGGUGUACGUACAGUCCGACUGUGACCCACCCUCAGACAGAGACAGCUACGUUCGAGAGCUGAUGACGUACAUUGAGGUCGAUUCUUACGGCGAGUGUUUGCGAAACAAAGCUCUCCCUCAGCAGCUGAACGGUCCAGCCUCUAUGGACGCUGGUGACUUUUAUAGGAUCCUUGCCCAGUAUAAGUUUAUCCUUGCUUUCGAGAAUGCGGUUUGCGAUGACUACAUCACUGAGAAGUUCUGGAGACCUCUGAAACUGGGGGUCGUCCCUGUGUAUUACGGAUCACCCAGCAUCGCAGACUGGCUUCCAAGUAAUAGAAGUGCUAUCCUGGUAUCAGAAUUUUCUCACCCUAGAGAACUGGCAAGUUACAUCAGACAGCUGGAUCACGACGACAGACUGUACCAGGCCUACAUAGAAUGGAAGCUGAAGGGUGAGAUCUCGAAUCAGCGACUUCUCACUGCUCUCAGGGAACGGAAAUGGGGGGUGCAGGACAUCAAGCAGGACAACUACAUCGACGCAUUUGAGUGUAUGGUGUGCACCAAGGUGUGGGAUAACAUUAGGCUCCAGGAAAAGGGCUUACCACUCAAACGAUGGAAGGCAGACAUUACCCACCUGAGCUGUCCAGAGCCUACAGCGUUUGCUUUCUCACCCCUCGCCCCACGUCAGAGCUCUUUGCGAGAGAUGUGGAUACCAAGCUUCCAGCAAUCCAAGAAAGAAGCCCAAGCACUAAGGUGGCUGGUUGAUAGGAAUCAAAACUUUUCAACUCAAGAGUUUUGGGCCCUAGUAUUCAAGGACUAAUAUCAAAAAGUGUCAGUUUUAUUUUCUAGGUUGCCUUAAUAUCUGAAUAUAAUAGCUGCUCUGUGGACGAUCCACUAGGAUGAGAAUUAAUGGCUGCCGUACUCAUAGUGAGCUCUAUUGAAUAAUAGAUAUGAGUUACCCCUAGGGGUCACUUCUCUGUUUUUUAUACUAGAAAAGAAAUAUUUCUUAUGAACACUGGUCACCUUCAGUGUACAUGUCUGGACCCGCAUCCCUGCUGCCUUGUGUGGAAAUUCACCUACUGUAGAAUGAGUGUUUUCCUUGCUGCAAGGAAAGAGUCCUUGCAAGGAAGGCAGAGAGUGUAGCCGUGGAUUCUUACACUCACCUCACUGGCUGUAUUUAUUGGUAUUUGGCAAGCCCAGUGUCCCGACGCUGAGCAGGAACAUGAAAUGCGUUAGAACUUGGCAAUGAGAGAUGCCGUCUGUUGGUUUCCAGGAAUGUGAGUGAGUAGUGAAGGCUGCGUGGGGUUGAUCUGCUGUGUCCCCAAAUCUAAAGAACAUAGCACGUCUCUGCCUCUUCCAUACUUUCAGCCACCUCUCCCGCCUUUCUUAUUACCACCUUGCCCUGCGUCCUCCCCCGUUCCUCCCUGGAGCGAACGUCUUGGGAAGAUGUGCCUCUUCCUUGUGUGUUUUGAGUGGUGAGUUGUUCCCUAUGUUCCCUUAUUCCACUGAGCAGAAUAGUACAGAAAGUCCUGUGGUUCAGGCUGGACAGCCUGUGCGUUUUGAUUGCUGUGAGCAUGAAGGUGAGUGCCCUGGGGAACUCCAGUGGUGUGGAAGCGGAUUUGUCUUGUCUUAGGGUGAUGCGCAGCCUGCAGUGGUGGGCAGCCCUGCCAGUUUGGGAGCAUUCCCUGUCAUUUCAGAUCCUGUCACAGAGGAGUUUCAGCUGUCUUAUCUGGAGCUUCUACUGGAGCUUCUCGAAAGACAAGGAGAAAACACUGGCUCUCGUUCUCUUUCCUUGUGAGCGUGGGGAGGCUUCUAGAUCACACUAAAGCCUGUUGCCCCCCGAUGUGUGGUGGCUUUGAUAUUCUUUAUUGUGGAAAGACGUAAGCUCCAGAGGACAGGAGGAGUCCUGGGUACUCAUGUUCCUGAUGUGGCAUCAGGGGAAACCUGAGGAAAGCACCCUCUCGGCACCAGCUGCCUUUGUAUCACAGGCCAGUGCCUUUCUGUUCCUGCCAAGGGCGAUCUGUUCCUUAUGUAGCUGUCUUUCUGGCUGUGCCAGAGAAUAAGGACUGAAACCAGUACAUUCUUUUAGCAGCAAGAGGGGUCACAUUGUUUCUUCCCUCUGACUGGGUUCUUCUCCAUCCCAGCUCUGCCAUUAACUAACUAUGAUUUUGAACAGAUCUCUUAACCUCCCUGGGCCUUAGUUUUUGUACCUAAAAAGAAGUGAUUGGGCUGGUCUUGGAAGUUCUUUUCUGUGUAACAUUCUUUACUUAUCGAAAUUUAAGAAGCUUCAUUUUGUAGGUGUUUUUACUAGGACAGUAACAAACUAGGUUAGAGCCACUGUGUGUUUUUCAAGGGAAGCACACUCUUCUUUAAAGGAGGAAGCAUACUUAUUGGGUAGUGUUGGGGAUGGAAAGGAAUUUAUUUAUCUCUCUGCUGUUUUAUCUGAUAAUAUCAAAAGGGAAAGGAUUGGAAAGGCCAGAUUUUAAGUUGUAUAUUAAAUGGGUUUAUUUGUUUGUUUCUUUUCUUCUCUUUCUUUUUUUCCCCACUCUUAAAAAAAGCCCAGGAUAUGAUUUGUGCCUCUGAUGAGACAUUAUCGAGUAGAUUCAGUUCUCCUUCACAAAUGCCUUAAGCAGAUACCCCCCAGUGCUUAUGUGCUGCAUGUAGGUCUUUUUUGUAAAUUUUAUUUAAUUAAUUAAUUUAUGUUUGGCUGCAUUGGGUCUUCAUUGCUGCGUGUGGGCUUUCUCUAGUUGUGGCGAGCAGGGGCUACUCUUCAUUGUGGUGCGUGGGCUUCUCAUUGCAGUGGCUUCUCUUGUUGUGGAGUGUGGGCUUCAGUAGUUGUGGCACGAGGGCUCAGUAGUUGUGGCACAUGGGCUCAGUUGCUCUGCGGCAUGUGGGAUCUUCCUGGACCAGGGCUCGAACCUGUGUCCCCUGCUCUGGCAGGCGGAUUCUUAACCACUGCGCCACCAGGGAAGUCCCUGCAUGUAGGUCUUAAACCCCAACAUUUCAUGUGUUUUUUUGGUUCUGCUUGGUUCUUCAUCACGAGUCCAUCGAUCAAAUUCACCCUAAACUUGUAUGCAGUAUGUAGCCCUGAGCAAAUUUAGUGAAAUAAAAUCAUUGCUCAUUUAAUGUGAUAUAAAAAUUUUGUGGAGGAAGAGGAUAAAGGAGAGGGAAUUUCAUGGGAUUAAAAAUGAGGUGUAGGGCCUUCCCUGGUGGUGCAGUGAUUAAGAAUCUGCUUGCCAGUGCAGGGG